AAUUAACUAUUUAGCUCAGAGGCCAAUACGAUGUCUUCUAUCAAGAUUAUAAACGUACUUAUCAACAAAACAUUUCAAUUAAAUUUUUCCGUAGAUCGCUGGUUUGAUUUCGCGUAAAUCCGUCUCAUCUGUAGCCCUUAUGUUUCUCCAUUUUAUUGUAACAACGCUGGUGAAAAAAGUUUGGAAGUAUAACCCGUUAAAUUCACCUGUAGUUCCUCUGUAGCCACGCGAAAAAAUUGUAAAUUAUUGAGUAGUUUUUUCGCUUUCUUGGCGAAGAUCUCUGAUAUUUUCACACGAUACUCCGCAUUAAUUUUCUACAUGUCACUCUCGCCCUCCUUGGAGUUGUACAUGCACACAAUUUCCGUCGCGAUAACGGCAGCGGGUUAUUACGUUCGAAGCCCUGAGGCCCUGUUAGGAAUUUCAAGAUCUUAUGCGCGGAUGGACUGCUGUAGAUGACGAUCAGUCCUCAUCGAAGGAAAACACGGAUUUCAAGGACAUGUAACAACUUACACUCAAAUUAUUAGCUCUGUGUCGUGACGAAUUCAGCAGUGCAAUGAGAACAGACGUUACAGACGGGUAGAAGUUUGUUUAUCAAGCUAAUACAAUUUAAAGAAGCUGGGUGAAUGAUUUUACCGCGGCAGCUCGCUCUCAUCAAACAGGAUAAAAUACGUUGACAUCUCCAAAGCUUAUACUUCGUAGCAAAGACACAAUUUUUGUCGAAAAGAUGAAUUCUAACACAACAUUUAAUGCAAAGGACACAACGCCUUUUCCGUUCUAUUCCAGCCAGCUGAAUGAUGUCACUGAUGCGUUGAAUGAGAGCUAUACAAACGUUUCUACAGACAACCCAGAUACGGUGCAGUCACUCGACUUCUGGAUCGUAAAGAUUGUGCUUUACGGCGUUAUUCUGCUAGGAAGCUCUAUAGGGAACAGCCUUGUUAUUUAUAUCAUCGUCAGUAACGUCCGAAUGAGGACAGGAUCCAACUAUUUGAUAAUGAACUUGGCGCUGUGUGAUUUUGUCACGCCGGUUUUCAGCAUUCCUUUUGAUUACUUUCUCGAAGAAUAUAACUACAUCUGGAUGUAUGGCUCAGUUAUGUGCAAACUUCUGUGGCCGUUGACAACCAUGUCUUCUACGUCGGCUGCUUUAACCCUUGCAGCGAUCUCGCUUGAUCGCUAUCGCGUGAUAAUGCAUCCAUUUCGACCUCGUUUGACGAAGUUUAAAAUAAAAUGCAUUAUUGUCGCAGUUUACGUGUUUUCACUAUUGGUGGUAACUCCGUACUCGUACGUUCUCGAUCUGAAAGGACACCAAUGCCGUGAAAUAUGGCCUGAUAUCUCGUACAAGAAGUACUACACCCUGGGACUUUUCCAUGUGCAAUAUUUCCUCCCUCUGAUUUUUAUGGUGUUCAUGUAUUCGCUUGCGCUGAAAAACUUGUACACUAGCGCAGACAAGACUAGCGGCCAGAAAGCCGAGCAGGAACCGGCUGCUGUCAGCCGAAAAGUCAGCCGGACAUCAACGAACUCACGGCGAUCAUCAGUAGCCGAAACUGAGCCGAAACUGAAAAAGGUUUCGUCCACGGUGCGUCUGGUGCGCAAAUUCUCUUCAACUGUCAGGAGAGGGAAGACAGAAGCAAACAAAAAAGCAACUAAGAUGUUUAUGGCCGUCGUAGGAGUUUUUACUAUUUGUAUGUUCCCCAAUCAAGCACUUUGGCUAUGGGCGGACUUCUAUAAUGAGGGACAGAACCCAAGGUUCUUAAACGCGGUUAUAAUCUGUUGGCUAUUCACGUAUGCUAAUAGUGUCUGUAACCCAGUUAUCUACGCUGUUUUUAGCCGGGACUUUCGUAGAGGCUUCAAAAGAGCUUUUAGAAAAGUGUUCUGUUUACACCGCCGCAAAAACCGACAGGUGUAUAAAACAGACAUGGUGGAAACUUUGACAACAGAAUUGAAAUGCGUAGCUUCUGGAGAGACAGAGAAACGAAAAAGAAAAAAUGCUACUGUCCAACGACCUAAGCUUUAUCUUCUGUGAUCGUUAAAUUAAUGCGCAGAAGAAAAUAAGUUUCAGAAAUGAUGUAAUAUAUAAAGGUUUGCAAAGUAACUAUAACGUCAGGAAAGAAAAGAUCGCCUUACAGAAACGAACAAAAUUAUCCUUUGCUUUAAAAAAAAAAAGCUUUUAGCUGCAUUUUUCUUAAGAAAAAAAAUGGCAAAAAUAUGUUUAACAAGACAAAUUGCAAUGAAACAUUCGAAGAUAAAAACUUUGGGCGUAGAGAAGAUUAACUUUAGAUAGACACUUGAUUUGUGAACAAGGUUAAAACAGAUGCUAAAUUAUAGUUGGCGACCAAUGACGAAAUUUUUGUCCUAAAAAAGAAAAAACUAGACAGAUUUCUGAAGCUAUCAACUCUGAUAGCUUUUUUUACUGUAAAACGAAACAACUAUAUACGGCUCCCCUUGUGGAAGAUUUUGUGGAUUAACAGAAGUUUCAUGGUCUAGCAAACUUUUAGCAAUGGGAAGAUCUUAAAAUUCUUAUAAAACACUUCGAUAGCGUGCUGGAAUAGCACUUAAAGUAGUAAUUUGGAGGUCAAUAUCAAUGGUAUGUUGCACAUAGAAUGUCUAGUGUUACCUGGUAUCAACUUGAGCAGCUUUAUGUUUCCAAGUGUCACUUGAGAUUUCUCCGCAGCUGGUGAAGAAAAUUUGUCUCAUUAGUAGAGACUGAGGGAUGAGUAAUUGCAUUUACAUCCGAAGAUGUCUGUUCCAUGUGGUAUAAUUUGUUUUUGUAUUCCAAAAAGAAAGUUCUGUAAUUCUGCAUUCUGUCAUGCACAUGCACUCGUUAAAAUAGACAGAAAGUCUGCUCUAUGAUUUAUUUCACUUUUAAAUUACGAUCUACUAUUUCAGAUCUUUGUC